GGAGGGUGCAGAAGAGCCAAGAAAAAACAAAGGAAGCAAAAAGAUACCAACAAAGCAAAGGAAAAAGCUUUGUUGAGGCAAAGGAUAAAAAGGGUCAUCACCCCCACAAAGGGAGGAGUGGCAGAAAAAACCUACCAAGGUGAAAGAGAUAUAAGAGAGGGAUUGAAAGAAGUCUAUGCCCUUGGCCUUUUCUCCUACUACCUUCACGAGAGAUACAGAGGACAGAGCAAGACUAAGAUCAUCCAUCACAUAUCAAGGAAGGUCUGUCCUAUUUUGUUUUCUAGCAUUUCCUCCUUAUACCCUUUCACUCUAAUCUUUACAGGAAGUGUAAAACAAAUUCCUUACCUUUCUCUUUGAAUUCUCUUUUUCAUAUUCAAAUUGGGAAGCAAGUGAUGAUCAAUACGUAACCAGCCGUAAGCUCUAUAUAUAUUUGUAAUUACUUGUUCUGUAUUAUAUACGAGAGAGAGAGAGAGAGAGAGAGAGAGAGAGAGAGAGAGAGAGAGAGAGAGAGAGAGAGAGAUGUGCGGCAAGAAGGAAGAAGAUCAAGGAGAGUGUUCUCAAACUGUCCAUAACAUGAACAUACAAAGCUUCCAAGAACAGUUGUUUCUUCAACAGCAGCAACAGAUGCAGCAACAUCAACAACAGAAUAGUGAUAUAUAUGGAGGUGGAAGAGGAUUGAUUUUCCCAGAAGUUUCACCAAUCUUGCAGCCAUGGUCUCUCCCUCCGGUCCAUGCCUUCGACCCGGCCCACUUUGCCACAAAUCAGGUCCGAGACCACGACCCAUUUCUUGCCCCUCCACCGUCAUCGUUUGCGGGUUUGUUCAACAGGAGACCUUCCUUACAGUUUGCCUAUGAUGGUUCACCAUCAGACCAUCUCCGAAUCAUAUCUGACACUCUAGGGCCCGUGGUUCCACCCGGUUCGGCUCCUUUUGGUCUUCAAGCCGAGUUGGGAAAGAUGACUGCCCAAGAAAUCAUGGAUGCCAAGGCUCUUGCAGCUUCGAAGAGUCACAGUGAGGCCGAGAGGAGGAGAAGAGAGAGGAUCAACAACCAUCUUGCUAAGCUGCGCAGCUUAUUACCCAGCACGACCAAAACGGACAAAGCUUCGUUGUUAGCUGAAGUAAUACAGCACGUGAAAGAGCUUAAGCGUCAGACUUCUUUGAUAGCAGAAACGAGUCCUGUACCCACUGAAGUGGACGAGCUAACCGUUGAUGCAUCAGACGAGGACGGUAAAUUUGUUAUCAAAGCCUCACUUUGCUGCGAGGACAGGUCUGAUCUCUUACCCGAUCUCAUCAAGACCUUGAAAGCUUUACGUUUAAAAACUUUAAAAGCUGAGAUUACAACACUUGGGGGACGUGUAAAGAAUGUGCUGUUCAUUACUGGGGAAGAGGAUUCUAGUAGCGGCGGCGAGCAAAACCAGCAACAACAACAACAGCAAUAUUGUAUAAGUUCAAUUCAAGAAGCUCUUAAGGCAGUGAUGGAGAAGACUACAGGAGACGAGUCUUCUUCAGGGACUGUUAAGAGACAAAGGACUAAUAUCAAUAUUCUUGAACAUAGGUCGCUUUGAUUUUACAAAGACCGUACACUUCUAGGGAUCACUUUCGUCUUCUUCUUUUGCUUUCUUGUGGGAGUGGUUUUUUGGUGUGUUUAUUAUAUAUAUAUGUACUAUUUCCACCAUGAACAAAUCGGUAAUGAUAGUCGUAUGUUUUGUGUA